AUGAUUGCUCUUAGAAAGAUAGUACUUAAAGCAUCUACCAGAUAUAGUAUCACUACUGCUACUACUGCCAGUGCUUCUAUUACCCCAGCUAUUAUGAGAAAUAGUGGUAUGAUGAUGACGCCCACUCGUGGUUUCCAAUCUACUUUCUCAAAUAAGAACAAGAGUUUCGAGGAUAUUAUGUCACAUAUGAAACAAGCUCAUGAGAAUACUAUUGCCAAGGCUGCCGAAAAUGCCAAAUUUGUCCAACAAGCUGCUCACGAAGCUUCAGCCGAAGAUUCUAGUCCCCGUUUCGAAAGACACUCUAAGAAUAGAUUUGCUGAUAGGUAUGAUAGAAGAGACCGCGAUAAUGAUUAUGGAUCUGACAGACGUGGUGGAUAUGGUGGCCGUGGUGGAUAUGGCAGCCGUGGUGGUCGUGGUGGAUAUGGUGGUCGUGAGCGUGGUGAUAGAGUUGGUAAUUAUGUCAGAGAACAAUUACCUGAAGCACCAGAACCAACCAAAAUCAUCGAUGAAUCAUUUGUUCCAAUUAGUCCAGGUGAUUUCAAGGGAACUGGUUUAAUCAGACAUGAACUUCUUGAAGCUUUAGAAGUCAAUGAAUAUAAAGAAUUCACCCCAAUUCAAAAAGAAGCUAUUAUUCCAGCUUUAAAAACUGAAAAGGGUUUAGUAUGUCGUGCUAAAACUGGUACUGGUAAAACUUUAACUUUUAUUAUCCCAACCGUUGAAUAUGUCUUGAAUAAUCAUAAACCUGGUAUUAAAGCUUUAAUUGUGGCUCCAACUCGUGAUUUAGCUGAUCAAAUCGUGGCUGAAUAUAAUAAAGUCAUUAAUGGAUUAGAUAGAAAAGUCAGACCAAAAACAUUAUUAAUCUGUGGUGGUAAACCUAAUAGAAUCGAUCCACGUUCCCCUCCUGAUAUCGUGGUUGCUACUCCUGGUAGAUUAGAAGCUGAUUUAAAAAACCCGGAAAUAAGUUCAUUAUUUGAUCAAUUAGCUUAUCGUGUUUAUGAUGAAGCUGAUAGAUUAUUAGAUAUCGGGUUUGAACCUUCCUUGGAUGCUAUUGAUCGUCAAAUCCACCGAGUUCGUGAUCAAACUGUUGCACCAUUAAAAUCACUUUUAUUCAGUGCUACUAUUGAUGAAACUAUUGCCAAAUUUGCUAGAAAACAUAUUCAUCCAAAUUAUGAUUAUAUUAAUACUGUUUCAGAAAAUGAUGCUGAUGUUCAUGAAAAUAUUCAUCAAGUUUUAGUUAAAUGUAAUGAUCAAGUUGAUAAAUUCCAAACUGUAUUUUCAUAUAUUGUCGAAGAAUUAAAAGUUGAAGGGUUCAAAGGUAUGCUCUUCUUACCUACAAAAACCGCCGUUGAUUGGUUCCAUAAAUCCCUUCUCGAAGUUUUACAUUCCGAUGUUACCAAAGUCCAUGGUGAAGAAAGAAGUCGUUAUAAUGUCUACACCAUCCAUGGUGGUAAAUCUGUAGGACAACGUAAUCACGCCUUAGCUUCCUUCAAAACCCACAAACAAUCAUUAUUAAUCACCACCGAUGUUGCUGCCAGAGGUAUUGAUGUCAAGAAUGUCAGUCAUGUUAUUCAAAUGUCCCCAUCUAGUGAAACCGCCGAUUAUGUUCAUAAAGUAGGUAGAACCGGACGUGCUGGUGCCAAAGGUACCGCAAUCACUUUUAUCUGUGCUCAAGAAGUCGGAUAUAUCAAAAGAUUACAACAAGAUUUCCAAAUUGAUUUCCAUGAAGUUACCAAGUCAGAAGAUAUGCCCCAAUUCCAAUGUUUGGAAAAUUUAGUACCCGAUGAAUUCGGAUUAAAUGAUUUUAUGGGCUCUUAUAUGGGUUAUGCAGCAUCUUUGAUUCGUACUUAUCGUAUGGAUCCUACUGAUGUUGUACGUGAAAUUGGUGAUUUCCAAAGAUUUGUUCUUCAAGAUCCUUCAGCUAAAUUACGUCUUCCAAGACAAGUUGAAGGUCAAUUUGCGAAAAUAUCCCCUGAUGUUCGUCAAGAAUAUGUGAGUGGUGGAAGUAAAGGGUUUGGAUUCAGAACUGGUGGUCAUAGAGGUGAAAAGAGAGGUGGAUUUGAUCGUGGUUCUUCUUAUGAUGAUGGAUUCCGUGCUAAGAGAUAUAAUAAUUAUGAAAGAGGAUAUUCCCAAAGAGAUUCAUACCAAAGUAGAGGUGGUAGGGAUGGUUACCGUUCAUAUGGUGGUUCAAACCGUGAUAGAUAUGGUGGUGGAAACCGUAAUAAUGAAGAUUUUUAA